AUGUCGGCACGCGUCCCUUUAGGCUCCGGGGCCAACUCGCAGACGCGAGUAUUUAUUGAUCUUACUGAAGAUUCGGAUAAGGAUGGUUCGAAGCCAUUGGACCAAGCAACACUCCCUUUUAUGACUACCUUGGCGCACCGGUCACCUGCAAAGACAGUGCCAUCAAAGAGAAAGAGUGUGGAACGAUCUAAAGAGUCAUCGGAUCCGGAUUUGGGUUCAUCAAGAGAUGAGCCUACUAAGUUUGGGCGCUCGCGGAGAAUGCGACUAUCUCACGCGCAUUAUACGACACCAAGCCCAGUAGAAAGUGUGAAAGCUUCUCAGGUCAGCGUUGUUAUCCCGUCGCCAACUUUGCAGCAGCAACGGAGGUUCGCUGGCGCUAUCACAAUCAGGCCAUCCGCCAAUGGCAUGUCAAACAACUUUUUCCCAACCAACGAAGAGGAAGAACGAGUCUCAAGGGCAACCUAUCCUGCUGCACGACAAGAUUUCAAUAUUAAACGUCAGAAUGUGCCUCUUUCUUUCAACUCGAAAGCUAGGUUAGUGCUUGAUCUUCCCACGGCUCCAAAGUACCGCACUUUACUCCUUCAAACACUCAAAGCAAAGCUUGAUGCUAUUCGCGGGCCUUCUGUCAAUCCAGUAGUGGAGUGCCCGAAGCUUCUUGCUAAGCUGGCUGAUAACUUUGUGUUCAUCAACGAAUAUCUAUACCGCGAGGGUGUUGAGUCUGUUGGAGAUGCCUGGAACAUCGGUUGCAAUUGCUAUGAUGGAUGUGAUCGGGAUAAAUGCGAUUGCCUUAAUAAAGAGGAAGACUCGGAGAAUCGAAUCGUCCCUUACAAAAUCUGUGACACCAACCCGAACUUGAUUGUUGCAACUCAGGAGUUCUUACAUGGCAGGGCUAUCAGUCUUGAAUGUACCUCCAAAUGCAAGUGCAAAAAUGAACGAUGCUGGAAUCAUGUUGUCCAAAAUGGGAGGACUGUGAGGUUGGAAAUCUUUGACACCGGAUCUCGAGGCUUCGGCCUCCGGUCGCCAGAUUUAAUUCACGCUGGCCAGUUUAUCGACAACUAUCUCGGCGAAGUCAUCACAAAGGCCGAGGCCGAUGCUCGUGAAGCCCUAACCGAGGGCCACGCCCAGUCUUACCUUUUCUCUCUUGACUGGUAUGGUGAAGACGACGAGAAUAUGAAAGUUGUGGAUGGCCGCAAGUUCGGCUCGGCUACUCGGUUUAUCAACCACUCUUGUAACCCGAAUUGCAAGAUCGUGUCCGUUUCGACCAAGAAUCACGCCGAUCACCAUCUGUACAACCUCUCAUUUUUUGCAUGCCGCGAUAUCCCUCCAGGUACGGAGUUGACCUUUGACUAUAACUCCGAAGCGGAAAUUACCACUCCACAGAAGAUUGACCCGGAUGCCGUUCGGUGCUUGUGUGGAGAGAAGAAUUGCCGUGGACAGCUAUGGCCUAAUAAGCGCAAAGGCCAGGGCAAUAAGUCUUAG